UGCGUCGGUUGUCAAAGUCUUCGGAAAAAUCAGGAGUGUAAACAAAGGAAUCGCGAAAAUUGGCUGGCAAGUGAGGAAAAACUCUCCGCAGAAGAGUGUGCAAUUUAAAUAUCUCCCUAUAAAUGAUGGAUGAUCGCGAGGUUGAGGAGGCUGAAGGGCAUACCUUCAGCAUGUCUUUCUACGUUCCGCGGGAGAGUCUCGAAAAGAUCUUUGGGAAGGAAGGCGUCAAAAGGAAGCGACUGGAGACGACAACAAGAACCCAGAUUACGGUGUCUUUGAGUGAUCCUCAAGAGCCAAUUGUAGUGACUUCUGGGCGCGAGGAAUAUGCCGAGGAAGCCAGAAAACAGAUUGAGGAAUUGGUGGCUUCAUCUCGUCGGAAUGCCGCUGUGACACACUUCGUGUCCAUUCCUUGCUGCAGCGAGGAUGUGAAGCAGGCAUUUGACCAGUUCAAGAGGGCUGUUUUGGCUGGACCUCCUGUGGAUGGUUUGACAGAGAAGAUGUUCCAAAACCCACUGAAACUCCACUUAACUCUGACCGUGAUGGUUCUCAUGAAUGAAGAUGAGGUAACAAAGGCCAGAGAACUUCUGCACGGUGAGCAGGACGCUAUCCAAGCAAUCCUGGUGGAUUUCGGAGGCAAGGCAGAGAUCACAAUCCAGGGCGUAGACAUCAUGAAUAGCAACCCGGAGCGAACAAGAGUUGUUUACGCGAAAAUUCAAUCAGAGGCUUUGCAGAAAAUCGCUAAUCAUGUUGAGGCAGUUUUCGGGGAGAAGAAGCUCGGCAAGACUAAGAGCCCAUCACCCAAUGUAAAGCUGCACAUGACUCUGAUCAACUCUAGAUACCGCAAAACAUUCAACGCUUCGCGAAUUUUGGAUGAAUUCAAGGAUUUUCCUUUUGGAUCCAUUCAAUUGACGGAGAUUCACUUAUCCGAUCGAGCGUCUUUUGAUGAUAAGGGAUAUUAUACAGCCAUAACAACUCUCAGCUUCUAG